GUCGCCAUUUUGUGAAGGAUUUUAACAGAUCAUCAGAGUAUGUCUGAAUCACAGAUAGACCGAGUUUGUUUAAUGAGGUCGGAAGUUUUAAAAUUCUUGAAACCAACAGAUGUUAUAUUCAACAUACAAGGACUGGAAGAGGACUUCAUCGACGAAGUAUGCGAGCUUGAUAAAAUCAACAGGAAAGAAGCGUCCGAUAAAUUGCUUAAGAAAAUAACCGAAAGAAGUGACCUUCUUCCAAAGUUCAUAUUGGCUUUAUCCGAUUAAGGUUAUCAAAGAUUUGUUGAUCCUAUUAGCAACAUUUAUCCAGACAGAGGGAGGAAGUUUUGUCAAGAAUAUUUUGAAUUCAUAAUUAAUUACCUAUCAGGAGAUUUAGUUGAUAUAUUAGAGCCUUUGCAGCUUUGUGCACAUUUAUAUAAAAAUAGAUGUAUUGAACAAAGUGAUAAAGAAGCAAUUGAAGCAAUGCAGUCCUCAAGAGGAAGAACUGAUGCGUGUCGAGAAAUGUUCCUGGCUGUGAAACGCAAAAAAGAUAACUGGGCAUUACUUCUCUUAGAAGCUAUUAAAGAGACACAAGAAUAUGUAAAGUUAAAAAUGGAUCCAUCAGCAUCUGAGGAAGAGUUAGAAAGGACUGGAAUAUUACUCGCUAGCACAAAACAGCAUAAUCACAGUGAUUCGACAUUUUCAAAGAAAGCAGAAUCAGUACCAUUUAAGUCGUCUUUCCAAUUUGAUGUUAACUUUCGACAGAAGUUUCAAUUACAAUCAACCCCUGAUCUGGUAAUUAGUGAUUGUAUAAUCACCAAUGACCAGUUGGUGUUUACUGGUUAUUUCAGCAAAAGAUUACAUAUCUACAAUAUAUAUGGAAGUUACAAUCGAGAACUUAAAUUGUCUAGUAGACCACAAUGUAUUGCAGUAAUAAACGACGACGAUGUUGCUGUCUCGUUUGAUCAAAAGUUUAUAGAGAUAAUUAGUAUCAGCACAGAAAAAGUGAAGAAUAAAAUUGUAACACGUGGUUAUUCUGGCAAAAUAUCUUAUCAAAACGGCUUAAUGUAUGUUGUUAUUGAUUACCACACGAUAGAUGUAAUAAAUAUGACAGGGGAACUAAUCCGAUCUUUCCAUUGCCUUUUAAAAUCAACGGUACAAUGCCUAUCACCUGAUAUCGACAGCUGUUUCCUCACUUAUCCCUUCAAUUACGCUUUAUACUGCUGUGACUUGAAUGGAUCAAACAGAUGGAAUUGUACUUUUGAUACGAAAAUUAAGCAGCAGCACGUUACAACUGAUGGAAAUGGUAAUGCUUAUAUUGUUUGUUAUGAAUCUAACAAUGUGGUUGUGGUAUCACCUGAUGGUAGACAUAAUAAAGAACUAUUUACUGAGAAAGAAGGACUGCAAAUUCCGACGAUAAUUUAUUACGACAAAUCAAACGACUGUCGUUUGGUGUACAAUAGUGGGUCUUGUGAUGCAUUUCUAUUUGAUGUAAAAAGUUCAACUACAAAUGAAUGACUGUCAUUUUAGUGAUAAAAUCUAUAUUGGUUAACUUAAUAUUGUUUCAAAUUUGAAUAAUGAAUGCUUUCUAAAAUUAUUCAUAUUCUGUAAUAUUUACUGCGCUGUACCUAAUUUUAUUUUGACUGAACAACAAAAUAUUUGUCAUACAUGCUAUAUUUUUAUAUUUUUUAUCCCACAGAAAUGUAUGAGAUAUUAAAUGUGAAGGAGAUGACUUUUUCUGGAUGGAUGGAUUGAUUGAUUUUUAACGUCCAGUUACAAACUAAAUAUUUAUUAAGGACCAGAGCAUGAUAGUAUGUAUGAAUAUAAACCUUGCUUUUGUACGAGACCGACACGCAGAUCAGGAUUUUCAACGUGUUAUUUCACAAGGUAACCAUGGUAACAGUCUGUGUCAUCCUAGCUAGGACACAUAAUUUUGUCUCCGAGUCUACCAGUCUUUACUCUUUCUUCUAAAUGUCGCAUGGCUUACACGAGAGCGGAUGAUUCCAAUUUUCAAGUUUUUGGUUUUACUUGGCCAGAGUUCGGCCUGACUGUUUUCCUUAACAUUUACUGAAACGUUUGAUAGAGGAAAGUUUUGAUUGAUCGACGAUAUGUUUGUUGAGUUUGGAGGAUUGAUAUUUCAACAGACAGUCGGUAUUAUAAUGGGUACUAAGUGUUCGCCCCUACUGGCCGAUUUGUUUUUGUACUCGUAUGAAGCAGAAUUCGUUCACAACCUUCUAAAAGAUUUAUUGAUGAUGUCCUUUUACUGAAUAACCUCUAUUUCAGUCAGUACUGACAUCUCAUAUAUCCCAGUGAACUAGAAAUUAAGGAUAUUAAUGAUACUAGAAGGACUGCUUCAUACCUUUGUCUUUUCCUCAAUAUUUACAAAGGCGGACGAUUUCACAUUAUAAUCUAUGACAAACGGGAUGAUUUCAACUUCCGUAUUAUCAAUUUCCCAUUUCUCAGUAAUAACAUACCCUCUGCCCCAUCGUAUGGUGUUUACAUAUCUAAGUUGAUACGUAAUGCUCGUACAUGCUCACACUAUACGGACUUCAUAUACAGGAAUGUGCUCCUUACGCAGAAACUACUCCAACAGAGUUAUGAGGAGGAAAGAUUAAAAAUGAAAUUCCGAAUUGGUUGAUUUUUACGACGUAUCUGUGUGUAAACUAACUAACGACAUUUUUACCUCGUCUUAGAUUGUGGUUAGACCUGUAACAAGUCAGGAAUAUGGCAGUUGUUAUCAAAUAGUCCGUUUAUAUGUCUGUUAGCGUUUGUUUUUGUUGCAGGUCAGUGUUUCUGUCGUUCCGUUGUUUUCCUCUGAUAGUUGAUAUGUUUCCCUCGGUUUUGGUUUGUGACCCGGAUUUGUUUUGCUUAAUCGAUUUAUGACUAUUGAACAGUGGUAUACUACUGUUGUCUUUAUUGAUAACAUAAUAUACCUUUUCUUUUCUUAUUUAUGUUUAAUGAAGCCAUUAUUUUGAUUUCUUAAAUAUUAAAACUUAAUUGAAUCGACAAAAA